AUGACCCAAGAAAAAUAUUGCGUGGAAUUCGAAAUAUUAAAAGCAUCCAAAGCCUGCAGAAAAGAGGGAAACUACAAAGCUCUGAAAGAAGGUGAACGAGUGUGCGUGCGAUGCGAAUCCGAAGCCCUCCAUGAAGAGCUUGGUUGGAGAUGUCAAGGACAUGGAGUUGAAGGACGUAUCACCAGAUGGUCCGCCUUAUCUGCACCGCAUUGCCACGGAAAAUGGCUGAGAGCUAGCGCAGAACCCGAUAGAACUUGCGAAGACAGAACAUGCAAAGACACCACCACUUCCUUCAUUUUCGUCUAAAAGUCUGAACUACUUAUGUCUGCAAAUAAUUUGCAAGUUUACUAAUAAAGGGAAAUUAACACAUUUGGCCAAAAUUCAUUUAUUAUGGUUUGUUCUUAAUUACAAAGAUGUUUUAAUCGUGCUUUAUUUGGGUCAGUUCUGAGUUACGAGUGAUAAUACACGUUAACUACCGUAGCAUGUUCCACUUCAGCAACUUUUUAAUAGUACCGUUAAACGAUCAUUUUUUAAGCAGUUUGCAGAAGGGGAUUAGGGCAAAUGCAUACUGGAAAAAGUAUACACUUUUCUCGGUAAAUGUUCUGAUAAACCUCGUAUUUUGAUAGUAGACAUCGUGAAAAUUAACUUUUUUGUAUAUCUAAUUGAUCUUAAAGGGUUUUACAUACUUAUAACUAAGGUAGGACACUGAGAUCUACUGAAAGGAUUGUCGAUUUAAUCAUUUUAACGUUAUAUAAUUUAUGUUUCGGAUUUUGGAAAGACUGCAUUUAAUAAAAUGGACGUUAUAUGUUGCAGCACUCACUUUCUUGAGCCACCUUGUAUAACUGGAAAACCGCUGAAAAGUUUUAGUUACUCUGAUCUGAAGCGAAAAAAUUUUGGACACAAAAAGGCAACUGCAUAAUACAGUUUCCACAUAUUUAAGUUUUUUCUACUUUUAUAUUUACUUGUUUUAAAUUAACUAAAUGUUUUGUGUUAAAUUAACUAAAUUGUUUGAACACGUGUGUUGAUAUAAUAAAAGCUACACUAAUUAAAUUUACUAAGUUUUUUCGUUACAGGUAUUACAUCAACYAUUGUACGUAAUAAACCAACAACUCUUUUACAUUCAACGGUUAGGUAUCCCAAAAUAUUGAUAUCAAACAGCAAUUAACAUUAAUUGUUCUACUUAAAAAUCUGAAAURAACAUUUACAUAUUAAUCAAAGAUAGUUUUGAUAUUACUAACCAAAUAUUAUAAAUAUAUGUACUAUUAAUAAUAGCAAUAGGUUAUAAUGAUAAGGCACUGUUAGGUAAACUGGUAGAAUUGGCGAUAACAUUUACAUGGCAACAUUCAACAGCGGAUCAUUAAAUGCAGAAAUAAAUGCUUGUUCAAAUAAAGAUACACCACCGAUAAAAAAUUCUAAUUCAAUCCCGACAAGCGAUUUUGGUCAUUAAUGUUUGAUAAACGAGCAUUAGAACCAAGGUUGAUGUUGCUCCCUAAACGAAAGUGGCAUUUUUAUUGUGUAGCGUUUAAUAAGAUAAUGUUUUUACUAACUGAUGUAAAUAAACAAAACUAUUUUUUUCGGUAGUAUCGAUAACCUAUAUUUUGUCAACACAUAUCAAAAAUUGAUGAAUAUUACGUAUUUGUUAAAUGAUUAACUUUUCCGUAUGAAUUAAAUAUUUAGAAAUUG